CUGAAUGAAGCUAGCUAGCUAGCUAGCCAGCAUAGUAAAAAUUUCACUGGGUAAAUGUUGUUUUCCCGUAAAGCCAGUUCUGUAUAUAAAUGAAUAUAUUGUUGCCUCUGUGUGCAGUGACAUUUCAAAGAAGGAAAUCGGUUCCGGGCUUGCUGAGAUUAUCGCGAUAGCUAUAAGACAUCCACACACGUCUUGUGCGGAUAUACAUACACUGGAACUACGUGGAUGUAGCAAGGCCUACAAUAACAACGUUAAGGAAGUCAUGGCUGAGGACCCACAGAGAAACUUUCGCUCCGCUUAUUACGAGAAAGUGGGGUUUCGCGGAGUGGAAGAGAAGAAAUCGUUAGAAAUCCUACUGAAAGACAAUCCGCUGGAUGUUGAGAAGCUUUGCACAUUCAGCCAAAGGUUUCCUCUUCCCUCAAUGUACCGCGUCCAUGUCUGGAAGGUACUGCUAGGCAUCCUUCCCCCUCACAGCGACUCCCACACCCUGGUGGCGGGCUACCGCAGGGAGCAGUACGAGGACGUGCUGGAGGCCCUGCAGGUGAUGCGCUUCAUACACGGCACCACGCCCCAGGUGGAGGUGUACCUGCGCAUGUUCCAGCUGGAGGCCCAGGAGCUGCCCCGGCGCUCGGAGCUCUUGCCCCCGGGUGACGAGGAUGAAGAUUUUCUGGCCAUAGGAAAAGCUAUGGAGGAGAUAGUAGAAGACUCUGUGGACUGCUAUUGGCUGAUAAAGUGCUUCGUUAACCAGUUCAACAACAAGUUUGGCGACUCCAUACCUCACAUGCCCAAAAGCCUGGAGUAUUAUUUGGGCCUGGAGGAUGCCAGACUCCUGGCCCACCUCAAGUCCUGCAGCGCCCUGAGCAAGCUGCCUUACAACCUGUGGUUUAGGAGGUGCUUCGCCGGCUGCUUUCCAGAGUCCAGUCUGCAGAGAGUCUGGGACAAGGUGAUCAGCGGCUCCUGCAAGAUUCUGGUGUUUGUUGCGGUGGAGGUUCUCCUGAGCUACAAGAUCAUGCUGAUGGGCAUGAGCAGACCAGAGGCCAUUGUGCAGUUCCUGAGCAACAUACCACAGGAGAAUACGGACGCCAUAGUGACCAAAGCCAUUGACCUGUGGCACAAGUACUGCGGCACACCAAUGCAUUCCGUGUAGCCUCUGCCCUCUCACCACCGCAACCAGCCAGUCUGCAGGAAGCUCCGACGUCUGUCUCCCCACUGCAGUUUAUCAACACAGCGUCCGCCUGCCGCUCGCUGAAGGAGACAGGGUUCCCUUCUCCCUCACAGGAACACUGACGAGUGCAAAGCACUGGUUAUGACUUUUGGGAGCCUAACCACAAGGUCAAGGGUUUGAA